AUGUCAGCGAACGAUAGUGAUGAUGAGAUAUCGGCUCUCCACGAGCCUUCGAACUUGAUCGUCAGUGUCGUUUUUUCGUGCUACCUAUUUUACACGGCUGCAAUUGUUAUCGGAAUACCGUGCAAUGUGUUCGUGCUCUAUCGUAUGACCCGUUUGUCUCGAAGAUGUGCCGAGAUGUACAGCAACGGUGUCGGCCUAUGCCUAUUCGUGAUGGCUAUUGCCGAUAUCGGAUCGUUGUUUCUCAAUUUUGUUAAUUUCAAUCUUGAGCAAUAUUCAUCCGCACCGCAGGUGAUAGCCGGACUACAUCGGAAGAGAACUCGUUUGGAUUUGUCUGCAAGGGUUGGCGAGGCGAUGUUUACCGUGAUUACCGCCGCCGUGGUAUCCAACGCAUGGCUGCUGAUAUCCGUGGAAAGCAAUCCGUCGGGCGGCUGCACAAUGGUAUCACUAUUUGGUUACCAGCAAAUCAAUAAAGCCUUCUUACUGAUAGAGAGCACGGUAUCUUUCAUCAUUCCUACGUUAAUAAUCGUCUAUAUGGACGCCUCGGUGCUUCUUGGGCUACAAUUUAGGAGAAUAACGAAAAAAGCUGAACGACCUGAUCUUCGACGGAACAUGGCUCCCAACCCAAAU